UAAGCUAAAUCGUUGUCUAGUUUUGCUUUUGUUUUCUGUCUUUGCUCUGACUGCACUCUACUUCAGCAGAAAUCUCUGGCUCAAAAAAAAAUCUGAAUGUUAGUUAAUGAAUGUUAGUUACUGCUAAUUCUCUUGUGCAAGCAACUCUCCUAACUCUGCAGUGGUAUUUUAAUAAAGAUUUAUGCAAUUUGUAUUUUAACUAUAAAAUGUUUUUUAAAUGAAUGGUGUUAAUAUAGUUCUAAUAAGUUUACCGUGCUGUAGAUCCCACUCUUGGCACUGAAAUAAUAAAAUCUGAGUCUCUGUUCCAGAAUGUACAGAAAAGCUAGUGCUUCUAGUAGGAAUGUAUUAUUCUGGGCAUAGUUGUUAUAAAAUAUGUAGAUGCAAUAUGUUGUUUGUUGGUUUAAAAAAAAAUCCCUUUUUUCUUCUGCCUCUUGCAUUAUGAUCAGUUAUUGGCAUCUGCCUAUUUGCUUACACAGCAUGCUGAAGUGGAAUACCCCCCCAAAGUUGGGUAUCUGGUGUUGAUGUGUAGGGGUAUUAAUUCACACGAAGAAUGUCGUGCUGUAUUCUUUUUGGUAAUUCAUCAACUCUUACCUGAGGUGUUGCAUGUGUGAUUGGAGACUAGAGCUUCUGUUUAGUGGUAUCACUUCCGGAUUCUGAAGUCUGUCUGCUCUGGGCAAGUAGGAUUAGAAAAAUAAUACUGGGGCGGGGAAAGGGAAGGUCAGCAGAGGAAAGGGAACAAAUAGUGAAGUAGCAGUUUCCCCUCUCCUGAAGGGAAGAGGCUUAAAAGAAGUGAAACAGCCUUUGCAUCUUUCGUUCUUUCAAAUGGCAAUGUUCCAUCAAACUUGGGACCUGAGUGUCUUAAGAAGCUGUUGUUUGCUCUCCAGGACAGAGAAAGCAAAGGGCAUAAUAUCUUAGAUGCUUAUACUGGCAUUUUAAUAGAAAUGCAUCACUGAGAAGUAGAGGGAUUUGGCUUCUUUGGAUGAGCAGGUGAAUAAGGCUGUGGUGGGUGGAAGCGGAGGAAGAGCUUUUACGAGAGUGUCUUUGCUCACCUGCUACAAAACAACAAACUAAAAAAAAAAUUAGUUUCUUUGUGGUGGGGAAGAAAAAUAAAAUAAUAUUUUAAGUGUGGCUAAUAAUUGGGGAAUCAUGUAGAAAGAAGAGGAAAAAACAACCAAGAACAUUAUACUCGGAAAUAAAACUAAGAAAAAUACGUUCUGUGCUUGAUGACCACACUGAGCAGAGUGUGUUCUGUAAUAGGAAGCAAACUGUGGAAGGAAAAAAGUUUUAAGAGAAGCGUAGAACUUCUUACAUCUUUAACUGUAGUAUUUCAUAAAAUGUCCAGAUAGAGCAAACACUGCAUGCUACAUAAUUGUUCUUUUAAAAUACGUGGCAUAGUUUUUGCACGUUCUCUGAAAUUCAGAGUUUGGCAUUCUGAAUGUUUUAGCCUGAGUUUGUAGGUUUAGUAUCGACAGGCUCUCAUGACGUGCAAUUUUUUAUCUUCAUCAAAAAUGUAACUUUGGCAAACUGUGCCAUAUGCUGCAAGGUUGCCAUUAUGAAAAGUGUAAUUGUUCAUGUAAUGUAUUAUAACAGGCAUUUAGCUGCUGUGAUAAGCACUGUACAAUCAACAAAAUGGUAUAGCGAUGCUCUGUGUGCUUUUCAAAUUGUACAAAAUACACAUCUGAAUCGAGACGGAAAUAGCAACUUUAGUUAUAGCUACAGUACAAAUGAUUCAUACAGGCGACUGAGGAAGACCUUCAGAGUUGUCAAGCUGAAAGCUGGCAGUUUAUGUUUUUCUUUUAUAGGGACUUCUUUGGAGACAACGUAUCCUUGCAGAAGGGUGUUUUACUAGUCUAGGGAAGCAGCACAUGCAUGGUAACUGCCAUGCGUCUCCUUAAUGCUGCAUGUUUUAAGUUUAGAUCCUGCUCUCUGCCAAUGUAAGUGCAUCAGUAAUAUCAUGUAAUAAGCCUGCCAUUAGAUUGUUUGAAGUUCAGUCUUCCCGGGUGUCUUGGGCCCACUAUUAAACUGUUCUAAAUGCACAUUUUCAAAAAGUAAAUAUAAAUGCAGAGGAUUUUUAUUAGGAUUUGUCAUUAGAUUAAUGAAUUAUUAAGUCUGUAGAACAGUUUCUGGUUACUUAUUGAUGACUGAUGGGGAUUUUAACCAAUGUAUAUGCAUGCCUCCAUCUGUACCCCAAAAUCUUAAACGUUAGAGGAGCAAAGCAGUUCCCAAGACGUCUUGCCCUUCCUCACACCCAAGUGAAUGAGCGAGCCUUCUCCCAGGAGCAGGGGCACAGCUCUGCACUGAUGUUACUCAAGAAUCUGCAGACACAGAACCAACUCAGGGACUGGUUCCUUAAUCAGCUUAAUCUGAUUGAACUGCUGGCUGCUGCCAAAAGGAGUGGCGGCACCCUGCCCAGUGCCUUGGGCUGUGUAUUCCACCUGCGGUUCAGUUGCUGUGAAACAACUACAAGAUUUCACCUCUGUAUCUCUGCUUUUUGGGAAGGGCUGGUGUAAGGCAUUCAUGAAAAUUGUCCUGAAGUAGAAAUUCCUGCCAUGUUUAUCUUCAGUAAUUCUCAUACUUCUAUUCUUGAGCUCCACCACAGAUCUUUCAGUUCAUUCAAAUCCAUAUUCAUUACAGAUAACGUAACAACUGUACUAUUCUGUUCUAACUCAGUCUUGAGCUGAGAGUGCCACUAAUGAUGAAUUCUGUAAAAAAUGGGACUUCAGCUGUGGUCUGCAUAGUUACUUUCCUUCACAGCAAGUUCAAAUUUCACAUCUGUGCUUCCAUAUGUGUCGUUGACUUCUACUAUACAUCUUAAUUUACCAAUUCAUAAAAAAAAUACUGGUAGUUAAGUGUGAACUUAACUGGGAGUUAAGACUGGGAGUCUUUUAAUGAAGAUCUUGAUGAUUCUGGGAAAUUCAGAAGGCAGCUGGAGGUAGUUCUGCUGUGUUGGGAGCAUGAAGCAUGCCUAGAUUGUGCAGCUCCCUGAGUCAGUGUCUGUCUUUUUAUGGCCUAACCAUGUUUCCUCCCUCCAUAGAGCUACAAAGAAAAAAUCUUAUGUCGUAAAAUACUUUAAUAGAUCCUCAUGGGAUUCAAAUCACAUUUAAAUAUUAAUAUUAUAAAAUGUCAAGAGUGAAAUAUAAAGAGAGUGAGAGGAACAAUCAGAUUAGCUGAUAUACUGCUCUGACCUGGAAGGACAUACACUGACGUUCUUAAAUGGUGCUAUAAAUUUAUAGCUAAAAGAUUACCCUAGUCUUUGAAAUGGUAAAAGUAUUUUGAAUGUUUAAUGUCUGUUUUGAGGAUUUGUAAAUGAUCCAAAAGCUCCCUUGUCCUGAUACUUGGAAGCAUUGGUCAGUUGUUACUCAAAUCAGUGUCAGUACAGAUUAAGUUUCACCCCUCUUUCCUGGGUGUGUAUGAAAGGCGGUGGAAUGGCUUGAGGUGCAUGUUCUAACAAAAGCAUAACAAAGAAUAUCCAGUAAAGAAGCAGCAAACAUCUCCGUUCUUUCCCCUUUACAUCAUGCAGUCUCCCACGUGAAUGCAGAUGGCGGUGGUGGUGUUCUGGUGUUGACGUCAAAGUAUUAAUCUGAUGUUCUGUUGAAAAAGACAUCGAUCUCUGCCACUCCGUGUGGAAAGAAAGAAAGAUGCUACUCAGAAGUCUACAAAUAGAAGAGCUCCAUCAGGGUGAACUGAAGUUAUCCUAAGGAAAAAUUUCAUUGCAUGGAUUGUGUAAACUCACUGAGACUGAGGUAAAGCUGGAAAGGAAUCUACAAGUGAAUAAAACAAGAAGUUUGGAAUUGGAUUUGGGGAAUCUGGGCUUGGAAAUGCCUCAGCCCAGUGUGAGUGGAAUGGACCCUCCUUUUGGGGAUGCCUUUCGUAGCCAUGUGUUUUCAGAGCAGACUCUGAUGAGCACGGAUCUCUUGGCAAGCAGUUCAGAUCCAGACUUCAUGUAUGAACUGGACAGAGAAAUGGACUAUCAGCAAAGCUCCAGAGACAACUUACUGUCAAUGGAGGACUGCAAAGACCUUGAGAACUUGGAGUCUUUUACGGACAUCCUGGACAAAGAAGCUGCCCUCACCUCGAAGUGGGAGCAGUGGGACACCUACUGUGAAGACUUAACUAAGUACACUAAAUUAACUAGCUGUGACAUCUGGGGAACAAAAGAGGUGGAUUACCUGGGCCUUGAUGACUUUUCAAGCCCAUACCAAGAUGAAGAAGUGAUAAGCAAAACACCGACACUGGCUCAGCUUAACAGUGAGGACUCCCAACCUGUUUCUGAUUCACUCUAUUACCCUGAUUUACUCUUUGGUGUAAAACAAAACCCUCUAAAUUCUUUGUUACCUAGCAAAAAAAUUGCAACCAGAGCAGCAGCCCCAGUCUGUACCUCCAAGAAUGUUCAGGCUGAGGCACCUUUGUUGGACUGUGUUCAGAAGGCAAGCAAACCUGCAGCUCAGCCUGCUUCCAGUACACAAAUCAGGGUGAAGACCAAUGUGUACAAUAAUGAAAAGGUGAACAUUCACGUUGAAUGUAAAGACUAUGUUAAAAAGGCAAAAGUAAAGAUCAAUCCUUUACCACAGAGCAGACCUGUGCUGAACCAGACACAUGCUGAUGCAGCAAAGGAAAACACCUGCUACUGUGGUGCUGUAGCAAAGCGACAAGAAAGAAAAGGAAUAGAGUCUCCUCAUAGUCACAGUACGUCUCCUAUUUUGCCUUUUAAAGAGACUCAAGAACUGCUCCUCGGUCCACCCCAGGAAACCCCAGGGCUUAUUGUGGGGGAGAGCAGUCUUUCUGCCAGCACAUCAGUGUCAGAUUCUUCGCAGAAGAAAGAAGAGCACAACUAUUCUCUUUUUGUAACAGACAGUUUGGGUGAACAGUCAGCCAAAGGAGACCCUGAGGAAGACGAGGAUGAUGAGGAUGAUAUUGAAGAUGAGGACCAUGAUGAAGGAUUCGGCAGUGAGCACGAGCUGUCUGAAAAUGAUGAUGAGGAGGAAGAUUACGAGGAUGAUAAAGAUGACGACAUCAGCGAUACUUUCUCAGAACCAGCAGUAACACUUAGUGGGUCUUCAAAGGAUACUGAAUUCCUCUCUUCUGCAUGUAGAAAUGGAGCCUUAACAACAGAAAUAAGAACUAACCUUCACCUGGAAGGGUAUGAAAAUGAUUCUGUGGAGGAUUUAAAAGAAAUUACUGCAAUAUCCUCUCGGAAAAGAAGCAAGCGAAGAUAUUUCUGGGAGUACAGCGAGCAACUAACGCCAUCGCAACAAGAAAGAAUGCUGAGGCCAUCCGAGUGGAAUCGAGAUACCUUGCCAAGUAACAUGUAUCAGAAGAAUGGUCUCCAUCAUGGAAAAUAUGCAGCAAAGAAGUCACGGAGGACUGAUGUAGAAGACCUGACUCCCAACCCCAGAAAACUUCUACAGAUUGGUAAUGAACUGAGGAAGCUGAAUAAGGUGAUCAGUGACCUGACGCCAGUCAGUGAACUUCCCUUAACUGCCAGACCAAGAUCAAGAAAAGAAAAGAACAAGCUGGCUUCCAGGGCUUGUAGACUAAAAAAGAAAGCCCAGUAUGAAGCCAAUAAAGUAAAACUCUGGGGUCUCAACACGGAAUAUGAUAAUUUACUGUUUGUUAUCAACUCCAUUAAACAAGAAAUAGUUAAUCGGGUGCAGGUACCUAAAGAUGAUAGAGGAGCGAACAUGGAACAAAAGUUGAACGUACUUAUUAAAGACACUCUUGGACUACCUGUAGCUGGACAGACAUCAGAAUUUGUGAAUCAAGUUUUAGAGAAGACUGCGGAAGGAGACCCCACCGGUGGCCUUGUAGGGCUACGAAUACCAAUGUCAAAAGUUUAAGACAUGACUUCAGCUGUUCUCAUCAGUCAGAUUCUACCUGUGUUGUCAAGUACUUCAUUGUAAAUUGCAUUCUGGUCUGCAUGUCAGUUUAGCAUUAUGUAAACACUUACUGUUAGGUUCCAUUGUUUUUAAAUAACAAUGUAGUAAAACAAAUCAAAGCAUGAUAUAAAAUGCUUAAUAGCAUUUUUGGAGCAUAAACCAGAUUGUUUCAAAGCUGCUUUAAGCUUAAAUACAGAGAUGAGGAUUCUUCUUAGAAUUAAGUUGUCUAGGACCAGAAUAUAUCACUUUUGUUUUAGAAGCAAAAACAUGUUUUUGCUAGUAAAAAUUUUUAGCAUAUGCCAGACAUUGUGACAGGUUUAUGCUCCAAGUAAAAUAAGAGGAAGCGUUUUUUUGGUAAAGCUAUCAAUGUAGGGAGUUUUUUGUUCUUUUUUUAAAAAAAUAAUUGGAUUUUUUUUUGUUCUUAAAAAACAGUAAGCUUUCUUUGCAGUCAUUAACUUGUACAUAGCACACAUGGCAUUAGAGCUAGUGUGCCAUAUAAGACUUUACUUUUCUGAGCUUAAUAUAGUAUUUAAAUGUCUGUGCAAGCAAGAGAAAAAAAAGUAUAUUCUUUGUGCCUUGUAUUCUGGGGGGAGAGCUAUCAGUAUAAGCUGGUAAAGUUUUGUAUGAUGAAAACCCUGAGGGGAAAAACCAAGAUGUAUAGAUGGUAAGAUUAUAGGUUUUAAUGUAUUUGUUCCAGCUCUUAAAAUUUUUGAAUGUAUAUAGGAAUAUGUUGAAAAUGUAGAUAUAUGCCACAGAGUCUAUGUAUUGUAUAAAAGAUGGCUCUAGAAACAAUUUCGGUACUUUGGCCGGAAGAAAACAAAUACUUGCACAUUAAUGCGAUUGUUUAUUUUUGUACCAAAGACAAAUGCAACUGAUAUGGCGAACUGCCAGUCUAAGUAAAGUUUUGCACAGCUUAUAUGAUACUGUACUGAAUGUAAAAACAAAUGAAAAAAAAGAAAAAAAUUAAAGGUCAGGGUUAGGGAUCUUACUGAACUGUGAAUUUUUUUGUUUGGGUCCAAUUAUCUACAGAAGGAGCAUUCAUACAUAACAAUAUUAUUUUGCUGUUCUUGUAGUUCGCUUCCAUGGUAGAUAAGUUGGUGGCCAUCUCGGAGUCUUUAAAUCUUUUUUCUCUGCACUUACUGUAGGAGAUUUUAAUAUAUUUGGAUUUUAGUAAGCUAUUGGUAAAAUAGUUUUCAACUUUGAGAAUUUAAAAAAAAAUUUAGUUUGUUGUAGUAUACUUCCACCAAACAACCAAAAUAAAAUUAUUUUUAUUGUAAUGUGUAUAUAUGUAAAGAGAGAAAAAGAGCUACAAAUAUCUAAUUCCUUAGUUGCCACUUUUCCAGUUGAUGUAUUAUUAUGCAUGUGAUGUUUCCAAGGAUCAACACAGGCUUCAAACAAAACAAACAAAAAAAAUUUAUAGACUUUUAUAUUUUUGUACAGGUAUUUCAAAACUAGCUUCCUCAAACUUAUACGUGACUUAUUCUUGUUAAUUCAGUAGUUUCUAUGAUUGAGGAAUAUUAACACAGUUCUUAUUUGCUCUUCUGCUAAUAAGAGUUGGCUUUGUAGUCAGUGUUAACGUACAGAUUAAAAGCUUUAGCCUUUGAUGAGAAAGUCCUUUAUCUCAAGGCAAGAUCAUUCUCUGGUUUCAUGGACCCCCCCACCCUUUUCCUCCCUGUUCUUUCUCUCCCUAUUUAAAGAUGACAAAACACUGUUUACUGAAAAUAGAAAUACCAAAUAUUUUCAAAUGUAGCUGCUGGAAAAAAAAAUGCAAAAGUCCAUGAAGGCUUUCUCCCCGCUCCCUUUGGGGAAUUUCUCCACUUCAUUUCUAGUUUGUCUAAGUUUGUUUGUACUGUGAUUCCUUUUUGUUUAUAAGUAGAUUAUUUUUAUAUCCAAGCUUGUACUAUAAAAAAAAGUCUGAAUCAGUAGCAGUGCAGUAAGAGUGGACGACGAAGGUGACAGUCCUGCCACAUACUUGUGAAUGUGCACACAGCUUACUUUGUAUCUAAAUAUUUUGGAAGACUCAAAAGGGAGGAGGAGGCCAAAAUACCACUACUGAGCUGUACAGAAAGUCUUUCCUACAAGAGACUGAACAAAUACCCAGGGCAAUUUAGGCAAAACUUUGUAAAUCCACUUAAGACUUGCAAAAUCUGAGAGGAAUGUGGGUGUUUUUGUUUCAGGUGUGUUUUUGUUCUUGUUGUUAGGGUGAGGUGAGAGUUGGCUGCUGCUUUACACAGUGGGUCAGAUGUAUUCCUAUUGUAAUUAUUGCUGAUGUUGCAGUUAUUCCAGAGAUGCAUAAGGCCCAUAAAACCCCGACAAAGAAUGUCUCUUGUGAAGUUAAGGCCAUGGCUGUACCAAGAUUUGAAUACUGUUGUUCCUUUCUGAUGAAUGGUGUUAAUGCACUGCUCAGAUACAAAAGGUCCUUAUGCUAUAUCCAAACUGUGUGGACAAGGCAGCGUUUCUAAACGCUAAGAGAGCAGUUUUGCAAUCAGGUAAAAACUUCUGUGACAAAUUAAACUGACAAGGUAUUAAAAAGCCCCUUUUUACUGCUCAGAAAUACUGGGCAAAUAUAACUUUAUAGCUUUUUAUUUUUGUCUGAAAACCAGAAUAUGAUUUUGGUCUCGCAUUUCAAAGUAGACUUUGAAUCUUUAGUGAAUUCCAUACCCUUGCAUUUCAGUGUUUUCUAUGUAUUAUUUUAAGUUAAAGCUUUUAAAUAGUUGAGCUUUUUAAUGUUGACACUUUAUUUUGUACCUAUUUAUAUGUAUGUAUACUUAGAAAAGCACUUUGUUUAAAAAAAAAAAAAAAAGAAAAGGAAAAAAAAAAAGAAACUGCGUUUUAUAUGAUUCCUGCCACUUGCUGCUAACUCUGGGCUGGUCAGAAUGCUGCAGCGAUACUUGAUAUAAAUAAAACCUGGCAGUAAAAUGUAGAGUAAAGAUAAGACCUUUGCUGGUUUAACUUUAUCAUAAAAGUGACAUAGGCAAGCUGUGCAGCUUUACAUUUUAACCAGGGGACUCUGUGGCAUUUAAACCGUCUAGAAAUGGUUGUACUUUAAUGCCAGUAACAAUCUGCUUCCUCUAGUGUCAUUAAAAUAUAUACAUUUAGUGUAUACUUAUCACAAACAAAAAUCUUAUAAGGGUAUAAAAACCAACAAAUGUACUCGUUCUGUUUUUUGGCAAUUGUGGCAUGCAUUUUGGAUGAUCUUUAGAGAAGACAAUUUUCUAAAGAUUUUCAGUGUUCAUACAUGGUAUGUGGAUCUUAACGAAGUCCUGGAUUUCUUUUUGUUUGUUUUUGAGUGUAGGCAUUGUGAAUAUUCACUUUUAAUCCUAUGUCCAAAAACAAUUACACAUUUUUUAUUUAAUACAAACAAAAGUUCUUCCUUUUUCUGAUACACUGGAUUCUCUAGAAUUUGUUUCCAUAUUAAAAGCAUGCUGUCAUAACUGCUCUUGUUGAGAUCUCAUCAGUCUGAACUUAGGUGCCACACUUUGAAUUGAUGGACUGCUUGUUCUACUGUACCAUGUAUGAUUCGCGUACUUUCCUACUUCCUUCAUGACAGAUGAUGAUGUGGCUUUAUAUUGUGCCUUACUCGUACACCUAGAACUAAAUGUGUUUCAUUCCCUCUGAACUCUUCAAACCUAACUCUUCUGAAACUGAAUCGGAACUGAUAAAAGCAUCCUGAAGACAGUCUGGAUAGAUCUGAUUUCAGUAGUCCUUUUGUAUUUAUAUGGAAGACCUGGUUUUGAAUGGCAUUGCAAAAUGUGGGGGUGCUCAUGGAGGGUGUUUUUUUAGCCCUAAGCCCCUUUUGCUAACGCUUCCUUUUAUGGUUUAUUGAACACAUUUACUGAUACUUGGUGAGUACGUUUUUUGGAUGAGAGACACUUGCUAGUAAGGCUAUGUUUAUGUGUGGAUGGGCUGGAUUUUUUUAUCAUACCAAUUGAAAUCAUUGUGAUUUAAUGAAGUUGCAUUUCUGUAAAGCUAAUGUGAGAGUCAGGCUCAGCUGUCUUCAGCUCCUAAUUUUAUAUAGACUUUUUUCCAUACUAAGAGGGCCAGGAAAAUGUUUGGGUUUGGGUUGGGUUGGGUUUUUUGGGCUGGAUUUUUUUCUUUUUUAAACACCAACCAAACAAAAAAAAAAAAGGAUGAAGGGUCUUUUAACUAACCUAAAAGUAACUAGACACUUCUGAAAUACAGUGGUGUCAGUUUUGAUUUUAUUUUAAAAAGAUCCCACAUAAUAUUUAUCUGAUAUUUGCCUUCAUUAAUAAAAGUUAGCUUGACAAAAUAUAAAGACUGGAUGUGCUUUUUCUUUUCCAUAAAUCAUUUAAACAUAGCUAUUUUUUUUAAAGCUCUAAAAGGCUUUUUCAGGAGAAUUUCAAAGGGUUGUAUACAAGUUGCCUUCAGCAGAAAUAGCAAAUGCAGUUCUGUUCCUCAAACGUGCUUGCUAGUCUUCCUGAAAUUCUGUUGAGGCGUAACCCAGUUAUGUACCGUGAAUGUUAGGAUCUGUAUUUGGCCUUGAGACCUGAAUUUCAAGAAUGCAUCUAAUAAUGAUUUUAUUUUCUUCUUCAGUUAGAGGCUUCAGUUGGAAUUGUCUAGUUAAGUGUGCUGCUAGAUGUGGGCUUGGCUUAUUGACACAGCCUUGCACACAGCUGAGGUUUAUUUUGUUUACCCCAGGGAUCAUGUGAAGUACAUUUCAAACAGUUACUGCUUCAGUGACUGAUUCUUCUUGUAACUGUAUUAAGGGCAUUAGUAUGUUGAGAAAACACCACUCUUGAAUAUCUCCCAAUAUAAAUUGGGAUUCUUAAAUGUCAUUAAUGAAAGAUGGCACUUUUAGGUUAUAUCUUCUUUGCAGCAUACAAAAAUGUCUCUAUCUUUCUACAACUUACGUUUCACAAUAUGCCAUGUUUUUCCCCCAAUGCUUCAUGAUAAGAAGGUGUGUGUGCACGCACUGAAUUAUAAUCCUCUGCCUCUUAGACAUUCAUGAACUUCCACGAGAGCAAAUACUGACUAUGCAUUUAUUGUCUUUCUAAUGAGUGGGGGAGCUAAAAGUGGAGCCAGAGCUAUUUUAAGCCAGACUUUUUUUUCAUUAGAAAAAAAAACUCCAAACUACUUUUUAGAUGACAUCAGUGUUCAGAGUUUCUCUUAAGAAUAUUUUGUAGUCAGGUAUCUGUGCAAGUCAAAUUUGGGUGAGUUAAAUACCCGCUGUAAGAAAAACGGCAUUGAAUUUGGUAUUGGCAAAAGCACGCUCUGCCCUAUCAAUACCUUCUGAUUAAGAAACAGAACCUAGUAGUAGCACUUAAUUUUACUAAUUUCUGUUAUAAUGAUGGAUAUUCAUAUAUAUUCUUAUAUCACUGUCCUCCCAGAAUAACGUAUCCAGGUAAAACUUUGCUCAGUAUUUGUGGUUGGGUGAACUCUUAAUGCUGAUGGCACAUGCAGAUGUAGGUGGUUGACAGGAAAAAAAAGAAAAAGCAUUUUAAGCAAAACACGGCAUCCUGUUCUGCCUAUGCUUGGGGUCAUGAUUGUAAUGCUGUCCUUGAUAUUCUAUAAUCAACUUCCAACUGGAGCUCAGAAAAAACUUACUGAAAGUCUUGUCUCUGUUAGAAAAUAAAUUUACCUUGUUAAAAGCAUGAUCUGUUAAGAGUUGCAAUGUUUAAUGUUGGUUAAUAGUUGUGCAGUUUUUAUUUUUUUGAAAAGAGGCACAAUUAAACUAUUUACUUUGUUUACUGUCACCCUUGAUCCCUAGCACUUCUAUUCAGAUACAAAUUCAUCAAUGUAUGCAACAUCCUUUGUAAUUUAAAAUAAAAAUUGUGGAGGAAA